AUGACAGUAAAUGGAACAAAAGUGCAAUCAGUGUCUAUAAAAACUGCUAUGGAUGAAUUUGUUAAUUGGAUAUCCAAAUUCAAAAGUGUAUGUUUAGUAGCUCACAAUAGUCGCAGAUUUGACUUUCCCAUUCUUGUGCCUACAUUAAAGAACAUUGGAGCUCAGGAUAAGUUAUCAGAAUGUGCAUUCAUUGACUCUAUGUCAGUGUUUCGAAAGCUUUAUCUAACACAUCAAUUGAAACAAGUAGACCUUGUGUCAUCCUUACUUGGUGAAACAUACGAUGCACACAAUGCCAUGAAUGAUGUGGUAGCCCUUGGGAAAUUAAUCAAGUUUGUGAACCUCCAAAGUAGUGAUUUAAUGGCUCAUAGUUUAACUCAGUCAGCAGUUGCUAAUAACAUGGCUUUCAACAAAUCUAAAACACUCUAUUUGCCAUCAUUGAAUCCGUUGAUUUAUUCAGGUGUGAUAAAAAAACCUACCGCUGAAAACAUUGCUGGGUCUGGUCUGAAUAUAAAUCACUUAAAACUGUUGCAUACCAGAGGUGGGGAAGAUGCUUUAAAAGAUGUGUUUAUUUCAAAGAACUCAGAAGGCUUACCAAGAGUCUCUAACAAUAAGAAAGUGUUGGAAGAGAUUGUACCACAAAUUGCUAAAUGUUUUGAAAAUCACUAGAUUUUUAUACACUGGUAUAAUGACUGUUCAGGGACAAAAAAUGUUUUAUGUACA